UUGGUAAGGAUCCCAGGCGCAUCCAGCCUUGGUUUUUUGAGUCUGGCCAGUUACGGAAGUAGUUCCCGCUGCUUAUGCCAUGGUCCUGGAACUGUACCUGGAUCUGCUGUCGCAGCCCUGUCGCGCUAUUUAUAUCUUCGCCAAGAAGAACAAUAUCCCGUUCCAGAUGCAUACUGUGGAGCUGCGCAAGGGUGAGCACCUCAGCGAUGCCUUUGCCCAGGUGAACCCCAUGAAGAAGGUACCAGCCAUGAAGGAUGGUGGCUUCACCUUGUGUGAGAGUGUGGCCAUCCUGCUCUACCUGGCGCACAAGUAUAAGGUUCCUGACCACUGGUACCCCCAAGACCUGCAGGCCCGUGCUCGUGUGGAUGAGUACCUGGCAUGGCAGCAUACGACCCUUCGGAGAAGCUGUCUCCGGACCCUGUGGCAUAAGAUGCGCCAGAAGAGGGCAUCAGAUCCCAUUACAGAUGGUUGUGAGCCACCGAGUGGUUGCUGGGAACUGAACUCAGUACUUCUGGAAGAUCGGUGAUGUUCCCCGUUUUCCUGGGUGAGCAGAUACGCCCGGAGAUGCUGGCAGCCACAUUGGCAGAUCUGGAUGUUAACGUACAGGUGCUGGAAGACCAGUUCCUCCAGGACAAAGACUUCCUUGUCGGACCGCACAUCUCCCUGGCUGACGUGGUAGCUAUCACAGAGCUGAUGCAUGUGAGUGCUCUAAGAAUAGUGGAUGCUGUAGUAAUUGUUCAGUUCCAAUCAGGGGUUUCUACGUCACCUUGACCAUUCCAUUUCCAAAUAAAAGACACACAACUGUUAUAUUUAUAAUACACUAGCCUUUAAUGCACUAGAGCUGGGCAGAUAGCUACCGUCUAAGCUAUUAAAGUCUACUACCCCAUAAGUAGCCCCGAAUUAUAUAUAACUUGCCAUUUUCCACCUGGGCCAGUGGCCAGCCUUCAUGGCCAUGUUUUCAUGACUCACCUACCCCAUGGCUUCUUCUCCUCUUUCCACCUUCUCUCCUCUAGUGGUCUCCUGCCUCAGACCCCAAGGCUGGGAACUGAAACUCCGCCUGUCUCUCUUCUGCCCAGCUAAAGAAUGUUGGCAUCUUGAUUUAGCCAAUAGAUUUAAAUUAAGGAGCAAGGUCACAUAGCAUCAUUUGGCGUAUGUGUGGAUUCUCUUAUCCCUGGGGCGACCAGAUUUUAAAGGUCACUAUUGUUUUUAAAGAUUUAUUUAUUUAUUUAAUGUAUAUGAAUACACUGUAGCUGUCUUCAGACACACCAGAAGAGGGCAUCAGAUAUCAUUACAGAUGGUGGUGAGCCACCAUGUGGUUGCUGGGAUUUGAACUCAGGACCUCUGGAAGAGCAGUCAGUGCUCUUAACCUCUGAGCCAUCUCUCCAGCCCUUGAAGGCCACUAUUAGCAUAUAGUAAAUGGCCAACUUCAGCAAACGGGUCCAUCAGAUACAGGGAGUUCUGGCUCAUUAGAGAAGUCCCAGUUUUGCUACCCCACUAGUUGUAGAUCUGUGUGCAUGUGUGGAGACUCCUUCCAGAUUUAUAAUGUCUGUCCUUGCUCUCCUUGGUCGUUCUAGUUUGCUUUUCUUUUCUUUUUUUUUUUAAAUGUAUUUAUUUAAUGUAUAUGAGUGGACUGUAGCUGUCUUCAGACACACACCAGAAGAGGGAAUCAGAUUCAGGACAGAUGGUUGUGAGCCACCAUGUGGUUGCCGGGAAUUGAACUCAGGACCUCUGGAAGAGCAGUCAGUGCUCUAACCACUGAGCCAUCUCUCCAGGCCCUAGUUUGCUUUUCUAUUAGUGUGUUAAGACACUAACGCAAACACACCUUAGUGUGGAAAAGGUUCAUUGGCUUACAGGUCACAUUCCAUCAGAGGGAAGGAAGCCAAGGCAGGGGCUUGAAGUAGAAAUCAUGGGGGAGUGUUGCUUCCUGGCUUCCUGGUUUCCCUAACAACCUUUUUAAAAACAUUAUUUAUUGUAUAUAUAUGAGUACACUGUAGCUGUCAUUCAGACACACCAGAAGAGGGCAUCAGAUCCCAUAACAGAUGGCUGUGAGCCACCAUGUGGUUGCUGGGAUUUGAACUCAGGACCUCUGGAAGAGCAGUCAGUGCUCUAACCACUGGGCCAUCCCUCCAGCCCCACCCAACAACCUUUCCUACACAGUUCAGGCCCACCACCAGGGAUGGCACUAUAGUAAUCGCUGAGCCACCUCUCCAGCCCUCACCUAUCUUUCUUUUUUCUUUUCUUUUUUUUUUUUUUUGGUUCUUUUUUUCGGAGCUGGGGACUGAACCCAGGGCCUUGCGCUUCCUAGGUAAGCGCUCUACCACUGAGCUAAAUCCCCAGCCCCCUCAGCUAUCUUUCUUAUAUAGCCCAAGCCCAUGUUUCCAUAGUUAGCACCACCACAGUGGAGUAGGCCCUCUCACAACCAUCAACAACAACCCAAAAAGAUUCCAUAUAGAUAUUCCUACAAGCCAAUCCAAUGGAGGGAAUCCCUCAGUUGAGUUCUCUCUUUCUAUGUGUGUCAAGUUAAAAAAGCAAAAUUAGCCACCAAUACACCCACCCCCGUUCUGUUCCCUUCUUGACAUAGCCUGUAGGUGGUGGCUGCCCAGUCUUUGAAGGGCGUCCCAGGCUGGCUGCAUGGUACAGGAGAGUGGAGGCAGCUGUGGGGAAGGACCUCUUCCUGGAGGCCCAUGAGGUCAUCCUGAAGGUGAGAGACUGUCCACCUGCUGACCCCGUCAUAAAGCAAAAGCUGAUGCCCAGAGUGCUGACCAUGAUCCAGUGACGUCAGAAGCUUCAUCCCUGCACCAGCCAGGCCACUCGCAUUACACGACUGUGCGCCCCAGCCCUCACGGCAUGAUGGUUUCUGGGCGAGGGUCCCUCUUCACCCUUUUCCCAUGCUAGCCACCCAUGGUCACAACUACAACCACUACUUUUCCCUUUGAGUUUGGGCAAUAAACCGAGGCUCGAUUCGA